AAGAGGUGCAGUUAACCAUGGCUCUCCAACAGUUUGUGUGCUGCUUCACUGCGGUGAUCGUUUUCUUCUGCAAAGGUUGUCACUCACAGAAGCCCACAUGUGGCAGAAGUGCUGUGAACAGCAGCAGCAUCACAGGAGCUCGUGACGCUGCACCAGGAAGUUGGCCCUGGUUCGCUGCUGUAAACACUCAUUCUGCAGGGUCUCUGAUCACCGACCAGUGGGUGCUGACAGAUGCAUACUCCGUACCAAC